AUGGAUAGAGCUAUUAACUGCACUUCUCUCACCUUGAUCCCUAAAUAUGAUCAUCCUGUUAUAGUGAAAGAGUCUAGACCAAUUGCUUGUUGUAUUGUUCUGUACAAAAUCAUUUCUAAAGUCCUUGCCUCAAGACUCCAGAAAGUUAUUGCAUCAAUAGUAUGUGAAGCACGGGCUGGAUUUAUUCCAGGCAGGAAGAUAUCAGAUAACAUCUUUCUUGCUCAAGAACUGGUCCUAGAUGAGCUUGUAUUUCCUAGACAAUUCACCAUGUGGACCUUAGAAUGUGUGAAGACAGUUAACUAUUCUAUAUUGGUUAAUGGAGAACCCACAACUCCAUUUGAUGCAGCUAAAUGGCUAAGACAGGGAGACCUAAUUUCACCAUUUCUCUUUGCCUUAGCCAUGGAAUACUUAAGUAUAAAGCUCAAUGAGUUGAAAGGAAAUAAAGUGUUCAAGUAUCACCCAAAGUGCUCUAAACUAGCAGUGACUCAUAUAUCAUUUGCAGAUGAUCUACUGUUAUUCUCUAGAGGAGAUGUUGAGUCUGACUUCAAGCUAACAAAGAGAAGAGCUCCAUUUAUUUUGGAGGAGUCACUCAGAUCAUUCAAGAUCAAAUCCUACAACUGGAGAUCUCAGUUAAUCCAAACAGUCCUCUUUGGUAUUCAAGCAUAUUGGUCUCAACUGUUUGCUAUUCCUUCAAAAGUACCAAAUACAAUUGAGGCCUAUUGUCGAAGCUACUUAUGGUCUGGCACAAACACAAUCACAAGGAAAGCUUUAAUUGAUUGGGAUAAGGUUUGCACUCCAAAGUCAAUGGGUGGCCCAGGCUUGCUAAAUAUAAGACUAUGGAAUAAAGCUGCAAUAGCUAAGGCAAGUUGGGAUAUUGAGCAUAAGAUAGAUAGAUUUGUGGAUCUGGUGGUUAUAUGCCUACUACAUCAAGAACCAGCAAUUCAGUCAAAUGCCUAUCCCUCAACAUGUAGGAUGGAUGGUGAGAAAAAUAUUUGA